CGAUAGUCCUGCGGAUGAAUAAUCUGCUGAAGCUUGGAAAAUGACACACAGCCUCUCACAACGUAGAAGCUGUCUUUUUACGAUGAUGACCUUUAUCUUGUUUGGACUGGCCAUGACACAAGGUGUUCGGCAAGAUUUUGCUGAGCCAGGUGUAUCAUAUGCGAACUUCAAGCACGAACAAUUUUCCUACCUGAACAUCACAAUAAUCGGUUCAAAACUUGUCCAAAAGGACACCGAGUGUGGAUUGGCCUGUUUACAAGUCACUUCAUGUUCUUCUUUUAACCUGGCUACAUUUCCUGAUAUCAACGGAAAACUGUUGUGUGAACUUCUACCUUCUGACAAGCACAGGAUGCCCAAUGAAUUGAUCCACAACCCGAUGUUUCAUCAUUUUAGUAAAACGAGUCCCUGCAUCAACGAUCCUUGCAUAAACAAAGGAAAAUGUGUUGCCAAAUUCAAAGAUGGCGAUUAUUACUGCAGUUGGUGUCCUCGGUUUUACAACGGAAAAGACUGCAAAACAGCACCCUUUGUUGGAAAAAAUUGCUUGGACAUUAAGGAGCGAGGUCUCUCACAGGGAGAUGGCAUGUACUGGUUAGACCCGGAUGGAGCAAGCCAUUCCAAUGCAUUCCUGGCCUACUGCGACAUGACGUCACACAAUGGAGGAUGGACCAUGUGUUACACUACCGAUGAAUAUGUCAAACCGAGGACCGAGGUCACAUACAACGCCUCUAUUCCUUAUGGAACUGUCGGCUACAGGACCAACUGCAACAACAUCUCUUUUACAGAGAUUAUGUUCUUGGAUCAUCAAACUUUGGCUAAAGUGUAUUUCAAGCGAAGAACCAACCAGUCCAUAACGGCCAAUUUGAAUUAUGGGAACAAUGCUUCUACUUAUGGAUUGUGGGACGGUGUGGGAGUGAGCGACGCCUACGACUAUCAGCUACUGAUUUGUGAUACCUCAUUCUACAGUGGCUUCUUCGUUUCUGGUUACACAAAUUGUUAUAAGCAGUGUGUUAGCUGGUGUGGCGAUUUUGUCUCCCCAUACUUCCGUACUGCAACUACCAGUUCGAGUUACUCUGGUGUGUCCUUUAACACCAAUGGCGCCCGAGCACUCGAUAAAAGGCUCAUCAGUGUCGGUCUGCGCUAAGACAUUUACGGAUUGAGCUGCAUAAUUUCCUUCUUAUGUAUGUCAUAUUUAAACAUGAGCAUAACAUAUAAAUCGUAUCUAGGCUUGUCCUGAUUGUGCACGACAACGUCUGAGCGACUUUUUGUGGUCCAAACAACCUCGAA